CUUCGAGACUCGAGAGAACACUUGCCUUGUUUCCCCCCGCCCCCCCCUCUUCUCUCUCUCUCUCUGUUUCUGUCUCACAUGCAAACGCAACUCGAUGUGGAGGUCAGCUCUUAACUUUUCUGUCUUUAUCGUGUUCCAAUUCAAUGUUCUUAGUUUUGUUUUCGUAUGAUUAGACUUAUUUCACAUGCUAAUUCGUGUUAAAAAGCUGUGAAACCACACCAAAACCCCUUAAAAAAUCCUCAUCGGUUCCGCUCAAAAUCGCUUCUUGAAUUGGUAAAUUCUUUUUCUGCAAUCUGAUCUUGUUAUUUAUCAAUUGUUGUAUGAUCUAUCCGUUGAAUAACAAUGGUUUAAGUGAAGAAUCUGUUUAUUCUGGAGUUAAUUAUAUUUGGUUAUUGGAAUUUGUUGAAUUUUGAGACGUUGGAUUGGAUAAUUUCUUAACUAUCAAAUGAUAAAAGGAGAGGGGAAUCGUGAGAUAUCUUCUGAAGUUGCCUCACCGGAUAAAUCCGAUGAGUUUCUGCCUUGGCAAGGUGACAAAUCCUACAGUGGCGAUGGGUCACCAGUCUCAUCACAGUACUCGUCCUGUGGAGAAUCGGAGUUCGAUAGAUAUUGUAGUGCAACAUCAGUUAUGGGGACACCGAGUUUGUGUAGUUCAGUAGGAACAUUUCAGGAGUGUGUGGAUGCCGAGCUUGGGUCUUUGAAGAAUUUCAGGCUUGAAAAUGAUGGUGGUUCAGAGAAUUUCACUUUGGGAGAGAGAUUCAAUAGACACUCUGAAUAUAAGAAAGUAUUGGGUUUUUCUCAGAGAAUUGAAUGUUGUGAUGGAAAGAGCGAUGCAGAGCUGAAAAAUAAAGUAGAAUCGGGACAAAGAGUGGUGGAAAUGAAGAAUGGGCUAAAUUCGUAUGAUAAUGUGGAAAAUUCUUCAUCACAUGAGUUCGAUAGUCAUAGUACUGAUAAUGGUAAUUUGAUGCCUUCCAAGGCUGAGACUCUAUCGGAUUUAAAUAUUGAAUUGGACGAGGAGCUUUUUGGUGAAGAUGAUUUUGGCAGUGUUGUGCCGUGGAGAGACGGCAAGGAGUUGGGGUCUGCACGAAGUUCUCAAAAUGAUCAUUAUGGAGAUGAUGCAAGUGCAGAAGCCAUCGAGGGAAUUAUGUUGAAUUUAGGACCUGCUGACAGCUUCCAUUCCUCUGCAAUUGCGAAAGAAAGUUCUCAGUCUUACGUAGGUAUUGAACAAGUGGACAGUUGCAUAGAGGGGUCAAAAAUGCAGUCUGAUUUGGGAUCUUAUAGAAAUGAGGCUGGAAGAGGUUCGGAUGAAGGUGAAAGUUCAUCCAGAUAUGAACAUUCAGAUGAUGAAGAUUCGAUGUUUGGCACAGAUGAUGAAAAGAAAAUUGAUUUGUAUUACGGGAAAAACAUAACACGCCAUCAGGAAUCAAAUCGUAAGAAUGAAAAUUUAUUGCUUAUGACUUCAUCCAUAGCAUUUGGUUCAGAUGAUUGGGAUGAUUUUAUGCAAGAAACAGAGGAAAAUGCUAUGGCUUCUAUGGUUCCUGAGGGACAUAAGGGACAGAAACCACAUAGUGCUGCAAUUGAAUUAGAUAAUAUGAAUCCCACUACGACAGAUACUGUUGAGUUUUCAAGUAUUGCUUUGCCAGAGCAACAAGCAGGUAUGAGAGAAAUUUCUGUGGCUCAAGUCCAAGGUAAUGAUAAUAUAGUGGAAUUUGGUGACGUAGAGCAAGGAGAAGUUGCAAAAGAUGAGCUUGUUGAGAGCAAUCUGCUAGGUGUUACUAAAUCAGCAGAUUACCUUGAAACCUCUUCAGUUAGCGUCAAUACAUUGGAAAAAGAGCACGAUCUACUAACAGAAGCCCCAUUGAAAAAGGAAUUGAACAUCAGGGAUGGUGGAUUGAAAAGCGACCAUCAAUAUACAAGCACUGAGGAUGUGACUGGCAUGGAUGAUGGUCAUGUUUCAGAAAGUAUUGAGCUGGAGAAAAUAAAACUGCAGUUGGACCCACUUUCUGAUGUUACAUUCUACCAACAUUGUUCAGCUUCACAGGUUGACGCUGAAGAUAGACGAGGCGAAUCCUUUGGAGAAAAUAAAUCUAGUUCAACACCGCCACUUAUUGAAAACAGUGAAAAGAUAGUAAUGGAGGAUUCUCAUGUUUCACCCAAGCUAUCUGAAGACCAUCUUACAUCAGUCAAGACUGAGAAUCUUGAGUCAAAUGAAUUCUUCAAUGAUUUUGUGCACGAAAUGGAAGAAAUAUUACUUGAUUCUGGCAACACUCCUUGGGCUAGGUUCACCCGGGGUAGUAGGACGUAUCCACCCCUGAUGACCCGGCCAUUACGAGAUGGUGGAUCUACUGCUUCCACUUCUGCUAUGGAUGAUACUCACUUGGUGAUCCACCACCCUGUGAGAAUUGAUGGGGUCGAAGUAGUAGGUGCAAGGCAGAAGAGGGGAGAUGUUUCACUUAGCGAAAGACUGGUCGGAGUGAAGGAAUACACUGUUUAUAGGAUAAGAGUGUGGAGCGGUGAGAAUCAUUGGGAGGUUGAACGGAGAUACCGUGAUUUCUGUACUCUCUAUCGUUGUUUGAACAAAUUAUUUGUCGAUCAAGGCUGCACUCUACCUUCUCCAUGGUCUUUCGUUGAACGAGAAUCAAGAAAGAUUUUUGGGAAUGCUUCUCCUGAUGUAAUUGCAGAGAGAAGUGUUCUUAUUCAGGAGUGUUUAGGAUCCAUUUUGCACUCUAAGUUUUCGUCCAGUCUCCCCAAUGCUCUCAUUUGGUUCUUGUCCCCACCAAAAGAGGUUCCUAGUUCUCCUACAUCUGAUACACACAUGCCUCAGUCACCAUAUUCUACCAGAAGCACAGAUACUGAGGAUGUUUCAACCUUGGGGAAGACUAUAUCCCUUGUCAUUCAAACACGGCCCUACAAAUCUACAAAACAGAUGCUAGACGCCCAGCAUUAUACUUGUGCGGGAUGCCACAAACAUUUUGAUGAUGCAAAAUCUCUGAUGCGGGAAGUUGUAUGGACUCUUGGGUGGGGCAAGCCUCGUCUUUGUGAAUACAGUGGUCAGCUGUUCUGUCCUUCAUGUCAUUCAAAUGAAACUGCUGUCUUGCCAGCCAGAGUUCUCCAUUAUUGGGAUUUUACUCAAUAUCCUGUAUCUCAAUUGGCUAAAUCAUAUCUUGAUUCAAUUCAUGACCAGCCUAUGCUUUGUGUCAGUGCUGUUAAUCCUUUUUUAUUCUCAAGAGUCCCAGCGCUGCAACAGGUUAUGAAUUUAAGAAAACAAAUAGGAGCUAUGCUGGCGUAUGCUCGUUGCCCAUUUCGUAGGUCCAUCUACAAAGGCCUUGGAUCGCGGAGAUAUCUUCUUAAAAGCAAUGAUUUUUUUGCACUCAGAGACCUCGUUGAUCUGUCCAAAGGCAUGUUUGCAGCCCUGCCGCAGAUGAUGGAGAAUGUCUCGAGGAAAAUCCUGGAACAUAUAACCGAGCAGUGCCUCAUAUGCUGUGAUUUGGGUAUCCCUUGUAAUGCUCGACAAGAGUGUGAAGACCUAACUUCUCUCAUUUUCCCUUUUCAGGUGCGCAUCUGCUUAUGUUGUGCAUUGCUGAACUUAUAUUUUGCCCAUGUUGGCAUGCACCACAAACACUUUAUCACUUUCCAUUAUAUUCUCUAUGAACAAAUCCUGGUAACUGUUCUUUUGCAAUCUGAAUGAGUGAAUGUAUGAAAGUGCUAAAUCUGAUACCAUGGCCAUAAUAUAUCUUUUGCUGGGUCUGUUCUUGAAAUGCCCAAGCUAACAAGCAUGUGUGCCUGAAAAGACUCAGAGGCUCCCUAGCAUUAUUAACAACAUCCGAUAAUGGUGCCUUCAGCGAACCCAUUUCCUUUUUCUUGCUUGCCUAGGAGACCUGAAAUGUGCAAAGAGUGUUGCUGAAUAACUAUGAUUGCCAUGCCCUAGACAGAAAGGAAAAUGAACAAUUAUAAUCGAUGAUUAACACUAUUAACUGACAGGAAGGAGAGGUUGAAAGGUGCAAAUCUUGUGAAUCAGUUUUCCACAAGCCAUGUUUCAAAAAGAUAUCAAGUUGUCCUUGUGGUGCAUAUCUUAAGUUGGAUGAGGCCAAUGGAGGCACAAUUAAGAGAAGCCUUGGCGUCGGUACUGAGGUGGGUAGCACAGUGGACUCAUUGGGCAGGAAGGGGGAUUCUAGGUCACCAUUGGGAUUCCUCUCCGGAAUGUUCUCUAAGGCGAGGCAAGCGAAGCCUAGAGACAGCAAUACUGUUAUCUUAGUGGGUUCUUUACCAAACAUCUCCCUCUGAAUACUCACAUUGUUACUGUUGCUUGUAUUUUUGGCUUUGAAACCUGAAAAUUGUGGGAGCUUAUUUGUUCUUCCUUGAGGGUAGUCGACAGAAUAAUCAAAUGCAUUCCCCUUUGUUAUAACCCAGGCUCUGAAGGGCUACGAGGCUUUUUCUUUUCGUAUUCUUUGUACCAUAAGUUCAUGUAAAGAGAUUUAAUUUGU